AAGUCAUUAUAUCAUGUAAAUUUCAAUAGGUAUGGGCCUAUAUGAAUUGUGGCCCAUGACACUUCAAUAGGUAUGGGCCUGAAUCUUUGUUGCCCGAUCCAAUGGGAGACACACAGGGAGAGUUUUAUUUCUCUGACCCACCUGUACGCAUUGUCGUUUAUAAGAUAUUGACUUGUUCCUGCUACUUGUAUUUUGUCUAACAAAUGGCCACCUUCUCAAACUAGUGCUCCGCCGGCACACCAGCUUAAACGAAUUGCAUUAAUUUAUUAAUUAUAUUAUAGUGGAUUUAUACAUAUAUAAGUAUAAGGCAUGUGUCUGAAUUAUGUAUGAAUAAUAAUGGGUAAUCACAAUCCUAAUAAUAACAGCACUAAUUAUAGUAUCUUAUUCUAUUUGUUCAAAAUAAUAUUAAUAAUAUGGUGUGCAUCGCCAACGUUGUUGUCCCAAGCCCAACCCCAGCAAACACCAUCUUCUAGUAAGUGCAAUGGUGUUUUCUUAUCGUACGCCUACACUGGAGGCCGUCCCAUCCCACCAACAGUAGUGGACCAAAUAAUAGACCAGCCGUACAGGUUCGAAUCCACGUUGACGCUGCUAAACAACGGCCUUGAUGAGCUCAAAUCAUGGAAGGUGUUCUUGGGUUUUCAGCACCGCGAAGUUCUGGUCUCUGCUUCUGACUCUGUAAUAAUAUCACAAGCUUCAUCAUCAUCAGUACUCUUCCCUGCUCAAGUUGGAAACGGCGUCGUUCUUGGUGGCUCAGUAUUGAAGGACCUCAAGUCAGCUGUUGACACUGCCGGUGAUGGUAAACAGACAGGUGUUGUGAUCCAAUUGGUUGGUACCCAAUUUGGAGUUGGGACCCCUGAUGUUCCCAUGCCACUCAAUAUCUCCCUUGCCAAUCACGGUUAUUUCUGUCCGACUCCCACUACCCAAGGGAACAAUGAGAUGCAUUUAUGUUGCACCAGAGAUCCAAUAAAAGAGAAAGAUACUAAUUUUGAAGAGGAAAUUCAAACUAAUGGUGAAAAGGGUGAUGUUGUUAUUACAUACGACGUAAUUGGUUCAUACGACACAAAUUAUUUGGCACAAGUCACAAUCUCAAACCACAACCCACUCAGUCGUUUAGAGAAUUGGAAACUGAGUUGGGAAUGGACAAAGGGCGAGUUCAUUUACUCCAUGAAAGGAGCUUAUCCCAUACUUAUCGACUCAAGAGACUGUAUAUUCGGACCACAAGGUCAGUACUACAAAGAUAUGGAUUUUUCUACUGUCUUGAGCUGCAACAGAAGACCCACUAUCAUCGAUCUCCCACCAACAAGAGCAAACGAUUCAACACUCGGAAUGAUUCCCUUCUGUUGCCGGAAUGGAACGAUUCUCUCACCGCUAAUGGAUUCAACCAAAUCCAUUUCUGCUUUUCAAAUGCAAGUCUACAAAAUGCCACCGGACUUGAACCGAACUCAGCUCAACCCACCUCAGAAUUGGAAGAUCAAUGGCACUUGGGGACCCGAAUUCCAAUGCGGUUCGCCGAUUAAAGUGAGCCCAACUCGAUUCCCUGAACCAUCUGGUUUACCAACGGAAUCGACAUCUAUUGCUACAUGGCAAGUUGUUUGUAGUAUCAAAAAGAUUAGAGAAGUAAACCCAAAAUGUUGUGUUUCCUUCUCAGCUUUCUCCAAUGAUUCAGUUGUCCCUUGUAGAACUUGCGCUUGUGGUUGUAAUCGAAACCCCACAAAGACUUGUAACCCAACUGAGCCAUCUUUACUUCUUCGGCCCAAAACUCUGCUUCUGCCAUCGGAGAAUCGAACCGAAGAAGCCUUGGAAUGGGCUAAGAUCAAAGGCUUGGAUGUCCCGGAAUUAUUACCCUGCGUCGACAAUUGUGGGAUCAACAUAAACUGGCAUUUGGAUUCGGAUUUCAAGGGUGGCUGGACGGCGAGAAUGACUCUGCUAAACUGGGAUGAAACAGAGCAUGUGGAUUGGUUUGCAGCGGUGGAGUUGGGGGAAUCUGGACCUGGGUUUGAAAAGGCUUACUCCUUCAAUGCAACCUUCGUUCCAGGCUCAAACGACAAUAUUAUCUUCAUGAAAGCUUUAAAGGGACUGAAUUAUCUUCAUGGAGCUGACAAUGGUGCCAAUCCAAAGAAAGAUUUGAAGGUGGCUGGUAAACAACAGUCGGUUAUUAUGUUCAGCAAGAAGAAGACUCCAGAUUUGGAUUUGGGUGGCGUACUUGGGUUUCCGACAAGGGUUUUGUUUAACGGCGAGGAAUGUGUACUUCCGACAACUUUUCCCACAAACGAUAAUCAAAGGAAAGGUAUGGUUGUGAUGAAGAGCAUCUUUUUUAGCCUUGUGUUUGUUAUGACUUAUUUGUUAUUGUAG